CCUCCCUGACCUCCCUGACCUCCCACCACACCCCCAACCUCAAACAGUGGCAGCACCUAACCUACUGGAUCCAAAAUCCGCCACUCACAACAGCAAGCCCUGCCUUUCCUUCUCCGCCAAGUCAAUCACGCUGAGCCCUAGAGAGGAGUGUCAGGCCAUCGCCACGGUGAUGAAGUGGAAGACGGUGUUGGCCAUUUUCCUCCUGGUGGUUCUCUACCUGGUGGUGGGAGCUGCCGUGUUCAGGGCCCUGGAACAACCCCACGAGAGUGCUCAGCGCCUGGCCAUCUUGAAUCAGAAACUAGAGUUCCUCUCCACACACACCUGUGUCAACCACAGCCAUCUGGAGGAAUUGGUCAAGCAAGUGGUGUCAGCGAUCCGUUCAGGGGUGAACCCAGCAGGGACUCUGACCAAUCACAGCAGUCUCUGGGACCUAAGCUCCUCCUUCUUCUUCGCGGGGACCGUCAUCACUACCAUCGGUUUUGGGAACAUCUCCCCUCAUACGGAGGGAGGGCGUAUCUUCUGUAUAAUUUAUGCCUUGCUGGGGAUCCCUCUGUUUGGCUUCCUACUGGCUGGAGUAGGAGACCAACUGGGAACAAUCUUUGGGAAGGCCACCGCCAGGGUCGAGAAGAUGUUCGUGCAGUGGGAUGUUAGUCAGACUAAGAUCCGCGUCAUCUCCACCGUUCUCUUCAUCCUGUUCGGCUGUCUGCUCUUCGUGGCGCUGCCGGCGGCCAUCUUUAAACACAUUGAGGGCUGGAGCGCUCUGGAGUCCCUUUACUUUGUCGUUAUCACCUUGACAACCAUUGGUUUUGGGGACUUUGUCGCAGGUGGAUCAGAGAUUGAGUAUCUGGACUACUACAAGCCUGUGGUGUGGUUCUGGAUCCUGGUGGGGCUGGCGUACUUUGCUGCUGUUCUCAGUAUGAUAGGAGACUGGCUCAGAGUCAUCUCUAAGAAGACCAAAGAGGAGGUAGGGGAGAUCAGGGCUCACGCAGCAGAGUGGACGGCUAAUGUCUCGGCAGAGUUCAAGGAGACCAGACGUCGCCUCAGUGUCGAGGUCUACGACAAGUUCCAGAGGGCCGCAUCAAUCAAACGCAAACUGUCGACCGAUCUGGGCUUAAACUCUACCCCUGAGCUUACCCCACCCAAGAGGAUACUGCCCGUCAACUUCACAGAUGAACGGGAGAGGGAGCCGAUGUUCCCGUAUAUGACCAAAAAUGGAAGUAUUUUUCAGAAUGGGCUAGGGGGAGAGCCUAGGAGAGGUGACGUGGCUAUUAUAGAAUACCUCAAGUAGAGGUCACAAAUGUUCACCUCUGACCCCUGACCCAGCUUCAGCACAAGCCACACCCACCUGGUUACAACAACAAAUGGCAGCCAUCUUUCAGCACAGGGUGUAUGACAUCAUUAAUCAACAGCUGCCCUGAUGACAGACUAUAUAACUAUAUAACUAUAUGACUCUAUGAUUAUGAAGCGGUUUGAUUAUUAAUUACAACAGAAUCACAACAUGAAAUAUGAACUAGGAACAUAUCUUUAUGGAUCUGAAUGGAAGAGUUACAUUCAGGGAGUACAUGUAAGGUCAGGGCAAAUCUGAAUUGACAUCCUAUUCCUAGUGGACUACCUUUGGCCAUAACCUCAUAGGGUUCUGGUCAAAAGAAUAGGGUGUCAUUUCGGCCAUAGCCUUGGUUUAUGUAUCCAAUUUAUUAUGUUGCCAAUGUAUGAGAAAUAUUAAUGAGGAUGUCUAUAUGCCUUUAAUCAGAGAAUGUGUGCAUAUGUGUGAAUGGGUUCUAUGGGGUUCUAAGAGGGAACCUUUCCCCUGACUGUUAAUCAGAACCGGACCUCUUAGCUUUUUUUCUACUGAAGGAAUCACAGCAGUGUCUUAGUCCUUUUCUACCAACAGACUGUACAUGCAUGUGAAUUAACAGUGUUUUCUCUUCUCUAUUAUCACUCUCUCUCUUGUCAUUUUAAACAGCGAGACAGUUUGUAAUUUAGACUACUUGACUGUAGUCCUCUGGGCUGCUCUAGGGAUGCUGGGAGUGUGGAUCAGCAAAUGGAGUCUCCACUAUGACUGUUUCAGGGCAGACAUUUUAAGGCCAGCCACCACAGACUGAAAUGACAGUUUUGCAGCUACCUAUACAUUUUUAGAUUUGUUGGUAUUUUGGUCAAUUAAUAUUAGGAUUUUCAAAAAGUAAACAUACAAAUGUCCAAAUCUUUAUGAAAAUAUACAUUUUCUUUAGUUUAUCAUAGUACAGUCAAAAAUUUCAUGGAUUUUAACCACUUUAAAAUGGACAUAUAUCCAUAAUUUCAAAGCUCACUACAUUGAAUAACACAUCAUUUAAAAGCCCGUUUCAUAAAGAAUGUAACAAACUUUACCAUAUGUAGUAACUUACUUUGAAGAGAUGGUGAUUGGGUCUUAAUAGGUGUUUUGCGUUUGGUAGUCUAAAUUCAGUGUACUUGUCUUUAACGGCCACUUCCAGAAAGUCAGACUCUUUCCACACCCCAACUCAUUUUCCUCAGCUUCAGAAGCAUCUACAUUCACCAAAUUGUGUAUGGUUAUCCAUGGAUAUAUUCUCAGAUAUCUAUACAGGGGCGUAGGCAUGGGUGGGCCUGGGAGGGCACAUCCAAAUACUCCUCCAAAUUUCUGCAGACCCACCCAUCUGGGAGGGCACAUCCAAAUACUCCUCCAAAUUUCUGCAGACCCACCCAUCAACACAUUUCUGUAAAAUGUUACGUGCUUUAGCAUUUUACACAUAGAAAGAUGUAAAAAAGUGUUUAUCCACAAUCUGCUCAGAGUAAGUCUGGUCCUGAAGUGGCUUAACAAAAUGAAACCAAAAUAUUUAGGCUGACUUAAUCCAGUGUCCCGAAAAAUGGAUUUGCGGCAUAGGAAAAUAUGAGCGUAUUUAAUGAUAUUGCCUCAUUUGCACAUUUUAAUAUAAUGUAUAAGAAAGGUGCAAUAAAAAAAAAUAUUAUAGUUGA